AUGGCUUCACCAUCAAGCAUACUUCGGCCGGUGGCAAAUUUGGUGAGCAAAUCUCCGCGACGAUCAUUGAGCUCGAGUCCCAAGCUGGCAGCGCCUGCGGAGGUAAAGAGACUUGGUGUCGUUGGGGCAGGUCAAAUGGGUUUGGGAAUAGCUCUAGUCGCUGCACAAAAAGCACAGGUGCCAGUUACGCUCGUCGAUAAUUCACCAGCUUCUCUGGAUAAGGGAUUGAAGUUCGCAGAUAAGCUGCUUGAGAAGGAUGUAUCAAAGUCACGUAUCACGAAAGACGAGGCCGAUAUGGCUCGAUCACUCCUCGAACCCACAACUUCUAUGUCCGACCUUUCCAAUGCCGAUUUCAUAAUUGAAGCUGUUCCUGAAGUGCUCUCCCUCAAGACCACCAUAUUUUCCGAAUUAGCGAAAGUGGCACCUCCUCAUGCCAUUCUCUCCACCAACACGUCGUCAAUUUCAGUCACUAAAAUUGCAGCAUCAACAACUCCCGAAGGAAAUCCUGCAGAUCUGAGUGUAGCUUCUCGAGUCAUAAGUACACACUUCAUGAAUCCGGUACCAGUACAGAAAGGCGUAGAGGUCAUCAGCGGACUCCAAACCAGCAGAGAAACAUUGGAGACCGCAAUUGAGUUCUGUAAACGCAUGGGAAAGAUCCCAUCUCAAUCUGCAGACUCCCCCGGAUUUCUGGCGAAUAGAAUAUUGAUGCCUUACAUCAAUGAAGCUAUCAUAUGUCUGGAGACCGGUGUUGGUAGCAAAGAGGAUAUCGACAAUAUCAUGAAGAAUGGGACAAAUGUUCCCAUGGGGCCGCUGCAAUUAGCAGAUUUCAUCGGCAUCGACACUUGUCUAGCCAUCAUGAAUGUCUUGCAUACUGAGACCGGCGACAGCAAAUACCGCCCUGCCGUGCUUUUGAAGAAGAUGGUCGACGCUGGCUGGGUUGGAAAGAAAUGUGGAAAAGGGUUCUAUGACUAUUAA